AUGAAUUCAGAGCCUGGACGGACAUCAAGCCUGUGAAACCAAUAAAAGCCAAGCCCCAGUACAAACCCCCAGAUGAUAAGAUGGUUCAUGAAACCAGCUACAGUGCCCAAUUCAAAGGGGAGGCCAAUAAGCCAACACCAGCCGACAAUAAGGUCAUUGAUCGCAGAAGAGUACGCAGCCUCUACAGCGAACCUUUCAAGGAACCGCCAAAGGUGGAGAAACCUAGUAUUCAGAGUUCCAAACCAAAAAAGACAUCGGCAAGCCAUAAGCCCCCAAGAAAGGCCAAAGACAAGCAGGUGGUGUCAGGCCGGGCCUCCAAGAAAAAGAGUGCAGAGGGUCCCAGUGCUGCCCAACCCGACAGCAAGGAGCAAAGUAAAGAGAUGAACAAUAAACUGGCUGAGGCGAAAGAGAGCCAGGUCGAACCCACCAGUGAUUCACCUAAGAAUCAAGGUCCUGUAGCCACAGAGCCAGACAAGAAUCAAGGUUCCAUGGGCCCAGGGCCUCUGAAGGAUCAAGCUCCUGUGGGCCCAGGGCCUCUGAAGGAUCUAGGUCCUGUAGUCCCCACACCAGUUAAGGAUCAAGAUCACGUGGUCCCUGAGCCUUCAAAGAAUGAAGAUUCUGUGAUCUCAGCACCAGUCAGGGACGAAGGUUCCUUGGUCCCGGUGUCUCUAAAGAAUCAAAGUCCUACGGUUCCAGCCAGGGUUAAGAAUCAAGGUCCUGUGGUUCCAGCACCUGUCAAGGAUCAAGGUCCUGUGGUCCCUGAGCCUGUGCAUCAAGGUCCUGUGGUUCCAGCACCUGUCAAGGAUCAAGGUCCUAUGGUCCCUGAGCCUGUGCAUCAAGGUCCUGUGGUUCCAGCACCUGUCAAGGAUCAAGGUCCUGUGGUCCCUGAGCCUGUGCAUCAAGGUCCUGUGGUUCCAGCACCUGUCAAGGAUCAAGGUCCUGUGGUUCCAGCACCUGUCAAGGAUCAAGGCCCUAUGGUCCCAAAGCAUCUGAAGGAUCAAAGUGCCAAGGUCAUAACACCUGUACAGAAUGAAGGGCUUGUGCUCUCUGAGCCUGUAAGGAAUCAAGAGUUAGUGCUCCCAGAGCCAGUCAAGGAUCAAGGUGGAGUAGUCCCAGAGCUCCUGAAGGAUCAUGAUUCUGUGGUUCCAACACCUAUAAAGAAUGAAGGUCUUAUGGUCCAAGCACUAGUCAAGGAUCAAGACCCCAUAGUCCCUCCAAAGAAACAAGGUCCUGUGAUCUCUGAGCCUGUGAAGAAUCAAGUUCCUAUAAUUCCAGUGCCUCUGAAAGCUCAAGAUCCUCUGGUAUCACCACCAGCAAAGGACCAAGGUCCUGUGGUCCCCGAACCUCUGAAGACUCAAGGUCCCAAGGGUCUUCAGCUGCCCACUGUCCCACCUCCACCCCCAGUUGUGAUCCCAACUGUCCCCUAUGCAGAAUAUAUUGAGAGUUCCCCUUGACACUCACCCCUUGACAUGCCAAGGAAGGAGCUGGCAGUGAAAGUGCUCCCUCCCAGGAGCAGCAAAGACACAUAUAUAAUCUGCAUGAAACAUGUACUGAUGUACUGUAUAGUCUUGCUGGAAUCUAAUAAAACUGGUCCCUCUUGCUCAGCCUUGUCUCUCUCUGACUUCAUUUGAGUGAGUGAGUGAGUGAGUGAGUGAGUGAGUGAGUGAGUGAGUGUGUGUGUGUGUGUGUGUGUGUGUGGCACAUGUGUGUGUGUGCCAGGCACAUUUGAGAGUGGGCAUGCAAGACUCUGUAUUCAUUCAUCUGGGUCAGAUGAUCUGAGAAAUCCCCAGUUCCUGUGCGUUGACAGCAAGGGUUGGGAGUGGAUGGGAGCUGCUAGGAAACUGAGGAAAAGACCCUGUGUUUCCCCUUUACUCUCACAUUCCUACCACACCUCACUUCCAACACACGUGUGGGCGUUUCCCACAUCAAGCAACUAUCCAACACCAGCUGCAUGUCCUGACUCACCUCCCUCCCACCCUGUCUACCUGAGGACAGCAUCAGCAAGCACAGGGGAAGGGCUCAGUCCCACAGUCCUGUCCUGCCCCCCAACUGCAGGCGCCAACUGCAAGUCCUGUUUUUUUUGUCACUGUACUUCUGACUAACUGGCUGUAAGUUGGAGUUCCCAUAACUCACUACUUGGACUCAAUAAUCUGCUAGAAUGGCUAUCAGAACUCAGGGAAACACUAAAGUUCAUCAUAAAACAGUACAGAUGGACAUCCAGAUGGAAGAUACAUGGAGGGUGGGGGAUGCAGGAAGGAGGAUGGGGCUCCCACCAGGUGCACCACUUUCCCAGUACUUCCAGAAACCUGGAAGCUCUCCAAACCCCAUACUUUUGGAAUUUUAUGCAGGCUUCAUCACACAGGUAUGAUAAUUAAUUAACUAAUAAUAAUUAAUUCAAAUUCCAGCCCCUGUAGCUUGGUCUUCCUGGU